CUGUGCAUCGUGCAAGUCAAGGGACCUUCCUGUUAUCAGCAGUGGUAACAAACCGCGUCAGGGUAGUCUGGUGGUGGGUCUGAAAAGAGGUGUUUGUACGUCGCUAUGGAACCUGCAGGAUGCCGUCCUGGCGCUGCCGUCGUUUGCUAACCUGGGUCUUUGGGUCGAGCUGUAGGGCUGAUUUUCGCGUGGGAAAGAUCUGAUCCAUCGAGGCGGCGGCGGCGGUAGCGGCUCCCAUGGCAGAGGCAGCCGCAGCUGGAGAAGCAUGGGAGAGGCACUGCUGGGUCUGUUUUGCUACCGAGGGUGAUGACCGGUCAGCUGAGUGGGUCUGCCCCUGCCGUUGCAAAGGCUCCACCAAAUGGAUCCACCAGGCCUGCCUCCAGCGCUGGCUGGAUGAGAAGCAGAAAGGCAACAGCACAGGCAGAGUGAGCUGCCCGCAGUGUGGCACAGAAUACCACAUUGUCUUCCCCAAACUGGGACCCUUGGUAUAUUUCUUGCAGCAAGUGGACCGGGUUUUAUCCAAAGUGAGCCCCUUUGCUGCUGCUGGCAUUGUCGUGGGGACAUUAUACUGGUCAGCAGUUACCUAUGGGGCAGUUACUGUGAUGCAGGUUGUCGGCCAUAAGAAGGGGCUGGAUGUGAUGGAGCGGGCAGACCCUCUCUUCUUGCUCAUGGGGCUUCCUACUAUCCCUGUGAUGCUGGUCCUGGGCAAGAUGAUCCGCUGGGAAGACUACGUGCUGCGGGUCUGGCGGAAGUACUCCAGCAAGCUUCAGGCUCUGCAGGCUUUGGUGCCAGGGGUCAGCCGUCCCCUUGUGCAGGCACCACUGGCCGAGUCCCGCUACCAGAAUGACCACCUGUCCAUCUCGCGCACACUUUGUGGAGCUCUGGUCUUCCCUACCAUUGCCAAUCUAGUUGGCAGGGUCAUGUUCCGCAGAGUGAACUCCAGCCUACAACGUACCAUUCUGGGAGGCAUUGCCUUUGUCGCCAUCAAGGGAGCCCUCAAAGUCUACUUCCGCCAGCAACAGUACUUGAUCCAAGCCAACCGGCGCAUCCUCAACUAUGUGGAGAAGGGAGAUGCGGAGAAGGGAUUGGCUCAGCUCGACGAGGACAGCGGCAGUGAAGCGGGGCUCAGCUAGGGUGGGAACCAGGCUGUCAUAGGCCUGUUGCCUUUGGCCCAGCUCCACUCCCAAAGUGAAGCACCGACACACCGUGUGGGUUUGGCCAACUGUGUACAGCGGGGGAGGGUGGUUUUAGGCUGGACUGGAAGAAGGGCUUUGCCAAGGUCUCCUCUGAGAGCAACUCUGAUCUUUUUAGGCUGGUGGCUUAUAUGGAGUUGGGCAGAAUGACCCUGUUCUCUUUAGUUUCCCCUCCACAUUCGCUGUUAACCUUGUGUGGAUUUGUCCCCGGACUUUCCAUAAGUUAUGGUUU